AAACCGUUCGUUUCGCCGCCACGGUUUUCUGUUUCGACAGCCGAGAUGUUUUCGAAAAUUCUGGAUAAAUUGACAGCUCGUACGGUUGCCAUUGCUUUAGGCCUAACAGCAACCGUUCUGAUUGUUGUCUUAGUCGUUGUAGCGGUUGAUGAUAGCAAUACAAACAUGAAGUUGAAGGAGUGCGAAGAAAAAUUGGAAGUUUUGCAAUCGUUUAUAGAAUCCUUAAGCAAGGCAACAACCAGCAUGACGCCAACAGUAACAACGGCUUCAACUUCUAUAUCAAGUUAAUGAUACAAAAUUCGUCUGACAAAUUAAUGUGUAAUAAUUUUCCAAACGCGUAUAAUGAACCUUAAUGUACUUAGCCAUUUCGAACAAAAUUCAAUAUUAAUAUACUCGCAUUUUGUGUGUAAUUAAUUAGUAUCAGUAAAAUCGGGCAAACGAAAAAC